AGACGAAACAAACUUUUCAUUGUUAGCAAGACCAAAAGUUGUUCCAGACAAAGUUCUAGCACAAAAGAAGUACACAGUUCCAAAAGGAGUUGGAUUGUUCGGAUACCAACCUGA